UUUUACUCCGACAUAAGUUAUGGAAGGAAGAGUCCUCAGCAUCCAAUCUCAUGUUGCUUUUGGCUACGUUGGUGGUAAAGCUGCUGCCUUCCCUCUGCAAUGUCUUGGCUAUGAUGUUGAUCUUGUGAAUACCGCCAAUUUCUCCAACCAUGAUACGGCCAUUCUGGAGGGAGCAAAACGUCUGCAGCGGAACUCGAUAUCAAACGAGAAUUCGCCUUCCGAUGUACAUGCACAAUGUGUUCCUUUACUCCCUGGAUAUUUUUUCGGCGUUGGGGACCUCUUUUCUUCUCUUGUCGUGGCACACUACAAUCCAUCACUUGAGUCAUCAUUACUGCAGGUCCUUCCUCCAUUCCGGACAUCUUUAUCUGAAGCCGUAUCUCAAGCGUUGACAAAAACUCAUGCGGUGCUUUGUAAGACAUUUGAGUACUCCGAACAGCUACCCGAGGAGGAACGGCUCGUCACUGAUGAUGAGAAGGAUGCGGUUGAGCCUAUUCGCAAGGUUCGAAGGAUGAGAGGGAGGGAGCUGAGGCUGGUACAAAGCAUUGACAUAAUCCGAAGUGACUUUGGUGAUGCGACGAGGCGUUUAGAACGUUAGUCCGGAUUCUGGGAUAAGUGGUAGCG